AUGGCAGAGGCCGCAGACAGAACUGCCGCCACCGCACUCAAACAGAAGGGCAACAAAGCGUUUGCAGAGCAUGACUGGCCCACUGCGAUUGAGUUUUACACCAAGGCCAUAGAAAAGUACGAUCGCGACCCCUCCUUCUUCUGCAAUCGGGCGCAGGCAAACAUCAAGCUUGAGGCAUAUGGAUAUGCCAUCGCAGAUGCUACCUCAGCCAUUGAACUCGAUAAGGACUAUGUAAAGGCAUACUGGAGACGAGCCAUCGCGAACACGGCCAUCCUCAAUUCCCAAGAUGCAGUACGAGAUUUCAAGACGGUGGUUAGGAAAGAACCGAACAACAAGGACGCAAAGCUCAAGCUAGCAGAAUGUGAGAAACUGGUUAAAAAGAUCGCUUUCCUCAAGGCAAUUGAAGUCGGAGACCCGCCUUCCGCGUUUGAAGGCCUAGACAUCGACUCGAUGGAGGUUGACCAGGCAUACGAUGGAGUGCGAUUAAAAGAAGAAAUGACGCAGGAGUUUAUCGACGACAUGAUAGAGCGCUUCAAGAACGGCAAGAAGAUCCACAAGAAAUAUGUGUUCCAAAUCGUCAAGGCGGUGCGAGAUAUCGUCUACGAUGAGCCCACGAUGGUUGAGAUGGAGGUUGACCCCGAUACGCAAUUGACGGUUUGUGGAGAUACGCACGGACAGUAUUUUGACCUGUUGGAGAUCUUCCGGCUCAACGGGUUCCCGACUGAGAAGCAUGCGUACCUGUUCAACGGCGACUUUGUGGAUCGUGGAUCGUGGUCAACGGAGAUCGCCCUGCUCCUCUAUGCCUACAAGUGGUUGCGGCCCAAGCAGUUUUUCCUCAACCGGGGCAAUCACGAGACGGAUGACAUGAAUAGAGUUUAUGGGUUCGAAGGCGAGUGCAAGGCGAAAUACAACGAGAAGACGUUCAAGCUGUUUUCCGAGUCGUUCUCAGCUCUGCCGUUGGCUACCCUGAUCGGCAAGAAGUACCUGGUCCUCCACGGAGGCUUGUUCUCGGACGAUAAGACUACUCUGGAUGACAUCCGCAAACUCGAUCGACAUGUGCAGCGACAGCCCGGCCAGCAAGGAUUGAUGAUGGAGAUGCUAUGGACCGAUCCCCAGACUGAGCCUGGUCGAGGACCUAGUAAGAGAGGGGUUGGCCUGCAAUUUGGUCCCGAUGUGACGAAGCGGUUCUGUGAGAACAAUGGGCUCGAAGCCGUCAUUCGAAGCCAUGAAGUCAGAAUGGAUGGUUAUGAGGUCGAACAUGAUGGCAGAUGCAUUACUGUGUUCUCGGCUCCCAAAUACUGUGACACGACGGAGAACAAGGGCGCAUACAUCAAUGUCGGACCUGAGUUGAAGCUUGAUUACCACCAAUUCGAGGCAGUGCCGCAUCCCGACAUCAAGCCUAUGGCCUAUGCACAGAGUUCUCUAAUGUCGAUGAUGUAG